GAGGCGCACCCCACAUCGCCUCUCCGGACGGCUCUCCCUGCUUGCCCUGUGCUUGAUUGUUGCCUGGGUCAGUGGCCCGCUCGCCUCAGGGCGAUCCGCGCCCAUCGAGGCUUUGCACAGCUGCGGCGACACAGACUGCAAAUAAUUCCCAUUCCUGGAGGCACGCAAGUCAAACACACGGCUGCUUGCUGCCAGUGCCAUUGCCCACCCAGCCGGCUCUCGCUGCUGGAAAGGCAUGGGGUAGCUGCACGCACCCCGGCCCUGAUGUCCUGUGCCGCUCGCACGCUGGGGUAGGGGCACAGGAAAGCCCUCGAUAUUCGGUGACUCCAAGGGCUUCGUUUUCUAGCAAGCCACCGUGGUUGUGUUACUUUUUAAGAUUUAUGAUCAGAUAUGUGCGCUGCAUUAGGAAGCGCACCAAUCGCUUCAGAUAUUAAGGUCCUUUGUGAAUCAAUCUAAACUCCUCUAUGGCAUCUGCUCAAGAUUCCAGAUAUGGCCAGAAAGAUACGUCUGACCAGAACUUUGAUUACAUGUUCAAAUUGCUCAUCAUUGGCAACAGCAGUGUCGGGAAAACCUCCUUUUUGUUCCGUUAUGCUGACGAUUCCUUUACAUCUGCAUUCGUAAGCACAGUUGGGAUCGAUUUCAAAGUCAAAACAGUUUUCAAAAAUGAAAAAAGGAUUAAACUGCAGAUCUGGGACACGGCAGGUCAGGAGAGAUAUAGGACAAUUACCACAGCCUAUUACCGAGGUGCAAUGGGCUUCAUUUUAAUGUAUGACAUCACAAAUGAAGAAUCCUUCAAUGCUGUGCAAGACUGGUCAACUCAAAUCAAAACAUAUUCGUGGGAUAAUGCCCAGGUUAUUUUGGUCGGUAAUAAAUGUGACAUGGAGGACGAGCGGGUAAUCUCCACUGAGAGAGGCAAACAUUUAGCAGAGCAACUUGGUUUUGAAUUUUUUGAAACAAGUGCCAAGGACAACAUAAAUGUCAAGCAGACAUUCGAGCGGCUCGUAGAUAUCAUCUGCGACAAAAUGUCAGAAAGUCUGGAGACGGAUCCUGCCAUCGCUGCUGGAAAACAGAACACAAGGCUAAAGGACACCCCUCCUCCACAGCAACCCAACUGUGGCUGUUAAUACAGUUAUCAACAGAGGCGGCUCCUGUGUGUUCUAUUGCCAACAGAGUAUUUACAGAUGGUCUAUAAGCCUUUAUUUAUACUGUCUUUUUAAUUUAUUUGGGGACAGUGUGUUUAUUUUAUGUCAAUGCCUGGUGCAAUGUGUGCAAUCUGUAAGGACUGCCCAUUUCUCAGCAUCUGGCCUUUGCACGUGGAUGGCUAAUUGUCUGUCUUUUCUUCUUAUCCUGAGUACAUUACACUUACUUCAGCUGGUUCUGUGACCUCAGAACACAGGUCAUCUACACCUGACUUUAACUUAAUCAGUUUCAAAUUAUACCAUUUACUUCUUGGUGUAAUGAUUACGGUAUUAGGCAUAAACUUUCUGAUGCCAUUUAAAUUUUUUUUGAUUGAAAAAUCUAUUUUAAAAUAUUACCUGAAUAUACUGUCUGUUCCAUGCCUUGUCCAGAUAAUUUGUCUGAGGCACACUUCCCCGAAGGUAAUGCUGUGGCAAAUCCAUGUCCACCACCGAAAUUCACAGUUACCUCUACACCACACAUCAUGGCCACUUCGAAAUUCAGAAUGACAGCAGUUGCCUAACCCAAAACAGGCUCCUACCGCUCAAUAUAAGGAGAAAUUCUGUUAGCUGCUGACAGGAUAGGGGCAGGCUGUGUUCCAGUUCCAUCCACAAGCCAAUUCACUACAAUACUAAUAUAGAAGAGAGUUGUGAAAUGUCAUUCUUCUUUAAGUUACCUGCUUUCAAUAAUGAAUAUGCUACAGUUCUUGAUAUUACCCCCAGCAGAGCCAAAUCAUAACCAAAAAUAACCUACUCAUACUUUUCUGGAGUUUGCAUUAUUUUGGCCUUUAGGAAUUUCAUGUUUCAUUCUUGAAAAUGGUGUCUAUAUAUUAAUUUUAUAGUCUGAGAGAAUCUCCUCUAUAUUGAUUGCAAAGGCCCAUUUCUCUCCUCAGAAGUGCCACUCCUACUGAAGUCAGCAGGACAGAAAUGGAUCCAUUCAAUUUGAAAAAUAGUUUGGUCCAGACAUAUCUUGCUGAGGGUUUUCUUGUGACAGGACAAUCAGAAAUUGGCAAUGUUUUUAGAAAAUUCACAAAGAAAUAAAAAGUUCUCCAAUGAGUUCUUCCACUAGACUAUGUCAGUCACUUCAAAAAUCCACAGAAGGCUGUGAAGAUAGCUGAAUGUCCACAGGGUUUUUUUAAAGCAUUUUAAAAAAUAGUCAUUUCUCACCAUCUUAAUAAGCUCUCACUCUACUAAUUGGUAGCACUUUGCACCAUUGGCUUAUCUGGGUCACAGUGAUAUUCCUCAAUUAAUGACAUCACUGAUGCAACAUUAACUUUUUAUUGUUCUUUGAUCAGCUUUAGUACCAGGAUGACAUUUCUCAGGCUAGACAUAACAGAAAAAAGGGAAGGAAAAUGGGAAAAUGAGUCAGAGCACCUGCUAAUGCCAUACCUGACUGUAAGGCAAUACCUAUACCUUUUUCCUAAGGUAAUUUAUAUAAUCUCAUCAAACAUACUAAAACCAUGUCUACACUAGGAAGAAAGGUGUAGUUAAGACAUUUUAUCUAACAUUGUAACUAUUGUGUGUUAAAAUCCUAGUGCAGACAAGAUUAACACAUUAGUUGGUUGAGGUAAACCCGAGUGUAAACUUGUGUUAAAGCUAUAACUUGGCUUGGCUACACUAGGAUCCGUUAGCACUGCUAGCUAGCACCUACACUGUUUUUCUUAGUGAAAAAUGAGCUGCAUCAUUUAGUACCAUGGAAAAACCUGAGGAAAGGGAAGUGUUGUCUAUUCACUGCCCUGUAUUUAUCCCUAUUGUGCACAGAUUAGUAGGAAGAGAAAGUGUAAUCGAGCAGAGCCAAUUUGCCUAGCUCUUGGCAUCCACAUGGCAUGCCAGUCGCUACUCUUCCUGGCCCUCCCUCCCAGCUUGAUAGCUAUAUUCCUCCAGCUGUGGCUAUGCAUUCCAAGGUACUCUGAGGAUAGAAGUAUUUUGGCCAAAGAUUUUUAUUGAUUUUCCAAU